AUGUUUUUCCCCUGUUACCUCCUCCUGAUCCCAGCAGCAACCGCCGCCACAUUCCCGGCCUCCCACAUCUCGCAACAAGUCUUCGACGGCGACAACUUCCUCAAAUACGAUGGCAUCCGCGGGCCCUACGUCGAUCGCAAAUCCUACGGCAUCGGCCGCGACCCGCCGCCGCAAUGCGUCGUCGACCAAGUGAUCAUGGUCAAACGCCACGGCGAGCGAUACCCUGCCUCGGGGGAGGGCCCUGCGAUUGAGGCCGUGUUGAAGAAAGUCAACAGCACCGUGCAGGCGGCCUCGAACAGCAGCGGAGACCUCGACUUCCUCCGCGGCAACUGGACCUACUAUGUGCCGUCGGAUUGCUACGAAGCCGAGACCUUCACGGGGCCCUACGCAGGGCUCGCCGAGGCAUAUACCCACGGGCAGCAGUACCGAGCACGCUAUGGUCAUCUCUGGGACGGCAGUAGCGGCAGCAGCAGCAGCACGCCAACGACCCUCCCGCUCUUUGCGGCAGAGUUCCAGCGCAUCAUCGACACGGCCCGGCGGUUCGGGGAAGGCUUCGUGGGGAUGCAGAACUACUCGACCCACGCGGCCCUGAACCUCAUCUCGGAGUCCAGCAGUCGCGGCGCGGACAGCCUGACGCCCUCUUGCCACCAAGACGAUGGCGCUGCACGGGACAAGUGCAAUGCGUAUCCGUACCAUCUCCCGCAGUUCGACGCUGCGGCGGAGCGGUUGAAUGCGCAGUACAAGGAUCUUAAUUUGAGCUGGGAGGAUGUUGUCACGCUGAUGACAAUGACAGCGUACGAGCUGAACACGCGCAGCGAGUCCGAAUGGAUCGACGUCUUCACGACCGACGAAUGGGUCAGUUUCUCGUACAUCUGGGACGUGAACUUUUAUUAUUGCGCUGGCCCAGGAAACAAAUACAUGCGCGCCGUCGGGGCGAAUUACCUCAACGCCUCGCUCGCCCUUCUCCGGCAGGGUCCCUCAUCAGCCGGACCUUUAUUCUUCAACUUCGCCCACGACAGCAACAUCACCCCCAUAAUCGCCGCCCUGGACAUCGCGACCCCCCCACAGCCCCUCCCCACCGACCGCGUCGCCUUCGACCUCCAGCAACACUGGCGCAUCACCGACAUCAUCCCCAUGGGCGGCCGCCUGACCAUUGAGCGGCUGAACUGCAGCAGCAGUGCGCUCGGCCCCGCGGGCAUCUACGUGCGGUUGGUGUUGAACGAGGCGGUCGUGCCCCUGCGCACCUGCCAGGAUGGACCGGGGUAUUCGUGUUCGUUGGCACAGUAUGCCGAGUUCGUGGGCGGGUUGCCGGGGUUUGCGACGGAGUGUGCGGUCCCCGCCGACGAGCCGCAGGUUUUGGGGUUCUGGUGGAAUUACACCACUUCGACGGGGGAGAAUUGGCACAAGGGGGGGAGGUGUAAUGGGCUUGCUUGAGGUUUCUUUCAUUAGUUGUGGUGGGAAUGGGUUGGGUGGGUGUUUAGAUUUUGGUGCG